UCUGUAUCCCUGGCUGUUCUGAAACUCACUAUAUAGACCAGAACAGGCUGGCCUAAAGGUGUUAGCCACCAUGUCUGUCUUCAUUCAAACUUUUGAGGAAGCUGAGCACUCAGCCCAGGGAUGGUAUCGGCAGUGCAGUAUUAUUCCUUAUUGCAAAGAUGUCGACCUAGGAAUUUUUAUACAAGAUUACAAACCUGAUAUUAUUUUGGCAUUUCAGAAUGCUGGACUUCCACUAAAAUACAAGUUUGGGAAGGUACCUGUUUCCCAAGUACACACUGUGCUGGACCGAGUUUGUAGACAUGAAAGUCCAUAUGCCCUGUGAAACAGUUGACUACAUUGAAGCCAACUAUGGUUAGACCUGGACGAUUCCUGUCAAGAUGUGGGACUGGAAGAGCUCGCCCCCAAAUGUGCAGCCCAAUGGGAUCUGGCCUAUUUCUGAGUGGGAUGAGGUUAUCCAGCUGUACUGAGAAUACAAAGUUAUGGAGGGACAUUUCUCAAAAAGAAGGCGGGUAGCUGGUUAAAACAUGUGAGAGCCAAAGAAGAUAAGUGAAAAGUUUGAAGACAGAAAUGUUCUAACUCGUGGGCCAUCUAAUCGGCUAUGCCAUUCAGCAUUUUCUGAGGUGUUUAUACACCAGGUAAAACGCUAGGUUCUGGUGGUCAGGCAGAGAUGAAUGAGCAAAUGCCUGCCUCUCACUUGUCAUGUCCAAUUUUCUGUUAAGGGAGUCUCCCCAACCUUCUGAAGAGCUGAUGUGCAUUGUGAUGUAUUCCAUGAUUCUUAAAACAUUAAAUAAUGUUUAUACUGGGAAGUGAGCUCAUCAGACAAAGCUAAGGAAGGGUACAUUCAUUAGGAUUAAUUCAUUCAUGUCAGCCCUCAGGACUUAAGCUACUGUGUUAGUGCCCCUUUAAGAUUGUGGAAUAUGAGUUAGUAUUUUGUGAGUGAUUAGACUUUGUGUCACACAGAGAAAGACAGUGGCAGACUCAUUUUUCAAGCAGUGUGAUCCACAGUUGACUUAAACACAGGGUGAUUUAUAAAGGAAGAUGAGAGCCCAUUUCAAGUCUUGUCAAGACAUAUACUCUUUUCUUCAUAUUUGAAGUGAGAAGUUGAUGCCUGUGUGAUAUUUAAAUGUCUGACGUCAUAGGAACAUUGUCACUGACCUGCAGCAGUUCUUGAUAAGUCAGUCAUGCUGCCCAAAAGUUGUGAUUUCACAGAGCUUACUUUACUCAUUUCAUUCUCAAUCGCUGUUAGACUUAAAAAUAGGAGUUAUUCAUGGAUAGUUUUCUAUGUUCUGAACUUAUAACUCUUCUACUCUUAAUUUGAAUGUUGACACUAAAUACUAGUAGAUAUACCUCUGAGUUUUCUAAAUAUAUCAUUUAUUUAUGUAUGAACCGUAGCUCCAUUUCUUUAAUCGAUAGCCUACACUCUUCAUUGAUUUAGUAUAAAGAUAUAACUGUUGUUCUAUCCAAUAUUAUUCAGGUUUCCAUAAUGGAGGGUUAAUGUGAACCUGAUAACUCUUCCUCAUUCCAAAUCACUGCUUUUAAAACCUGUGUCCAUCUCUAGAUUUUCCUUCUGCUGAGUAUAAUAGUGCAAGGACUCAGACUUCUCUACUACCAAGUACUACACCUGCUUGACCCUUUGACCUCCUUUUUCUUCUCAAAAUACACUCGUGAGUAGGCUGGGCUAGCUGCACCCAUCUCUGUACCUGUACUUAAGUGAUGUGCUCUAAGUGAGAUAUGCAGGGCAGUCUGGCACAGUAAAUGUUGCCUGGAAGAAGAGAUUCUCUACUCUCUGCUGCUUAGCGACACUAUCCCUGGCAGCUUGACAGAUUUCCGAUUGGAACUAUAGUUACUAAAAUGGUAACCAGAAUAUGAGGGAAUGGGCUAGCAGAAAUUCAAAAACAAAAACAAACAAACAAAAAAAAACAACCUUGGGGGACAUUACCUGAAGCCACCCACUUCCAAAUUUAAAAUUACAUGAAAACUCUUUGAUGGUUGAAAAAAACCACAGUAUAUGAGGAUACAUCCUCCAUGUAGGAAUACUGAGUCUCAUCAUAGCUGUCAUAAUCAGAUUUUAAAGAAACAAAUUAUAGAUCAUAAACAGUUCUUUUCUAGAAAAUAAGUCCAUAGAAUAUGUAUCCAUGCUUUAGAUAGCCAACCCUAAUUUCAUUUUUUUUUGUGCACCAGAAAUAAAAUGAUUAUAAUAGUGUUCUUGAGAAAA